AUGCUUUCUUCGUGACUUCUCGUGCUGCAUUAAAAAUUAAAAUAAUAGUAUCUUAAAUAUUUAAAUUUAAAAACAUAUUUUUCAUUUUUUUCAUUUAAUCUAUUCAAACUAACUAAUUUCCGUUUAAAAUUAGUUAGUUACUAAACGGCAGUAUAAUGUCAGAAGAACCAGCGGUAAACGGUGUCGGCGGUACCGAUGAACAAACCGAAAAUGUAGAUGAUGUGAAUGCUAAGAAAACUGUGAAAUAUGACAGUGGUGCAGCGGAUCUAGAAAAAGUGACUGACUAUGCGGAAGAAAAGGAAGUCAUAUCGACGGAUGACAUAUCCGGAGCAAUGACCAUCAUUGGUGACAAGAGGUUAAAAGAAGCGGCAGACAAAAUAGCAAAAGAAAAAGAACUGCAAAAGGUCUCCAUAAAAAAGUCUGAUGUUGAACUGAUUAUACGAGAAAUGGAAAUAUCGAAAACGCUGGCUGAGAGGACGUUAAGGGAAUGUCACGGAGACGUCGUCAAAGCCCUGGUUGCCUUGACCAAUUGAAAAUAUAAAUCAACAUUUGGAAUUUUCUAAGUAAUUAGGAAAAAAUUACGAAAAGAAUUCUACAUUUUAUUAUAUAUUAUAUACGAAACACGCUGUAAAUAAUAUUGACUACCUAAUGUUCAAACGACAUGAAUAAAUAAACAAAUAAAUAAUUAAAAAAAUAAAAAAACUUCAACAUUAAAUAACGAUUACGUCCGGAAACUCACGUUGUAAAGUAAUAUCAUAUAUUAUUAAUUAUGAUUUAUACAAAGUGAUUUCAGACGUUUCAGUGUAACCUAAUUAUAAAAUGUGUAAUAUAAUAUUGUACCAUUUUCGGA